AUGGCCUCAGUGCCUUCCAUAGGUUGCCUUCUGGCCAGAAAUCAGUAUUAUCGAAAGUCCAGUGUGUCUUCAGUUAGUUCUCUAACUGGCUCUGACUCGGGUAACUUCGCAGAUGAGGACAAAUCUCAGCAAGGAUUAACCGAAGUGGCAGAAUCCACCUGGUGGCUUAAAUGCUUUUUCCAUUUGGAGCCUGUGCUUUCAGAUGUGAGAAUCAAAGAUCUGUCUCCUAGUGGGUAA